AUGGAUCGUGCUGACGAGGUUCGUCGUCGGAGAAUUCGGAUUAUUGUUGGUCUUGUGGCAACUGUGGUCGCCAGCCUCUUGCAAGGUGAUGACAUGCCUGACAGCAUUUACGACGAGAUUUGUGUCUUGUCCCAAGACCCUGGCAUUCCUGAGCUUCGCCGACUUCGUGGACUGCAGCGGCGUGCUUCCGUACCACGACAGAUGAACUAUUUUGAAGCAGUAGUGCCAAUGCAGAGUGACCUCGACUUCCGCCGUCAUUUUCGACUGCAAAGAGCAACAGUGGAUAUUGUUUGUGGAAAACUUGCACAAUCUGUGCACAUGGCGGUGGAGAGCAUUGGUGGUCGUGCACCUGUACCGAUAAGAAAGCAGCUGCUUAUCACACUAUGGUGGCUCGGGAGCAAAAGUACGAUGCGGGAGUUGGCAGACAAGUGGGGGAUAUCGAGGUCCACCGCAUGGGUGUCUGUUCGGCGGGUAUGCUUCGCCCUACAGGACAUGGCGCCAUUGUUAAUCUGUUGGCCCAAGGGAACUAGCAUUGAUCAGGUACAAGCAGAAUUUCAUGCUGCACAACAUAUUCAUGGUGUAAUGGGUGCCAUCGAUGGAUGCCACAUACCCAUCAAAGCACCCAAAGAGGCUCCAGAUACUUACCUGAAUCGGAAACGGUUCCACUCUGUCGUAUUGCAAGCUGUCUGUGACAGGAACCUGAUGUUUACUGACGUGUACUGCGGGUGGCCGGGGUCCGUCCACGAUGCACGUGUCUUUGACAACAGUCCGCUUAAACAGCUUGCCACAGCCGAUGUUGACCAGUUCUUCCCUGGUGAGUCAUUUAUUGUCGGAGAUUCGGCAUAUCCUUUGUUGUCAUGGGUAAUGACUCCUUUCAGAGACGACGGCCAUCUCACAGCAGCUCAAACAAACUAUAACUACAAGCAUUCAUCGACCCGGAUGUGCAUCGAGCGGGCAUUUGCACUCCUGAAGGGGAGGUGGAGACAGCUGAAGUAUUUGAAUGUGACGAAUGUGGAGAAUAUGACACACAUCGUCCUCACCGCGUGCGUACUGCACAACAUGGCCAUCAUGCAUGAAGACGACGUGAACGACUUUCUGAACGAUCUGCCUGAAGGUGAUGUCCCCAACCCCACUUUGCACUUCCAGCCAAACAUUGGCGCCGUCCACAAGCGGGAUCGCAUUGUUGACCUCAUUGCAUGA